AUGGGAUCACAGCCUCAUAUUCUGCUGCUUGGGGUCGGCAGCGUUGGCGCCAUUCAUUUACUGCAACUGCAGCGUGCGGGAUGCACCGUGACGGCCGUGUGUCGGUCAAACUACGCCGUCGUCAAGGAGAAGGGAUUUACAAUGAGAAGCGUCCGAUUCGGCAAUGUCACAUAUCGGCCAGAUUAUAUCGUUCGCACUAUCGCUGAAUGCCCAAAAGAUACUGUAUAUGAUUACGUCCUGGUGACCACGAAAUGCUUCCCCGGCAGUAAGCCGUCAGUAGCAGAUCUAAUCAGACCGGCCCUUAUCGGCCGUCCAGAGACUGCCAUAGUCCUAGCACAGAAUGGCAUAGAGAUUGAGAAGGAUAUAGCAGACGAAUUCCCGGAAAAUCCUAUCCUCAGUGGUGUCGUCUACCUCCCAACCACCCAAACUAGCCCCGGCGUCAUCGACUACCCAGAAAUGCUGAACAUGCUCGAACUGGGAACUUAUCCCGCCAAUGCACCCGCUACACAUAAAGCAGCGGCCAGCAAGCUCGUUGCCCUCAUGAAUCAAGGCGGCGGCGAGGCGAAACUUCACGACGACAUCCAAAUCGCACGGUGGACCAAGCUGCUCAUUAACGCGUCGUGGAAUCCUAUCUGCGCGCUGAGCAUGUGCUCGGACGGUGACUUCCUCCUCAGUUCCGAGCCAUUCGCAAAUGAACUUGUCUGGGGGAUUAUGAUGGAGAUCGUGGCACUGGCGAAGAAGGUGGGUAUCCCAGGGGUGGAUGAGGAGGCGGCGAGAGUUCGGCUUCAAAUAGCAACUCGUCGGGCGGAAGCAGGAACAGGCCGCGAUCCAAGUAUGCUGCAGGAUGUCAAGCAGGGCCGAUUAUUUGAAGUCGAAGCGAUUGUCGGGAACACGGUGAGACUGGCUCGGAAACAUGCAGUGAGCAUGCCUCGGUUGGAAACAGUGUAUGCACUGGCGAAGGGAAGAUAUGAAGCCUUAGCGCGGAAUCAAUCGCACUGA